UUUGUAAACAUUCUUGUGUUAUCUAGAAAAAUGGUGAACGUAUACAAACAAAAAAAGAGAAAUAAAACAAAAUAAACUUAUCAUAACAGCAUAAAAUACCUUCUCCGUUAUGUAUCAUACACAAAACCUAUUAAACCCAAAUAAUAUGGUAAAAUAAAACCAUAAGGGGUGUAAAAUGACCUGUGUGCAUAUUUACAGUAACAAUUAAACAGUGUCGUACCAUGCCCACCAUAGGAUGCUUUUGUCCUAUUUUGACAAAUAUACCUAAAGUAGACAUAGAUGAAAAUGGAACUUUUAAAUAUAUCCUUAUAGCUAUUUCUUGUCCUAGGCAUCCAAAUGGCUCGAACCCAUGCAUUACGGUCGUCCGGGGAGGACGUCGAUAUGAUUACCAUUCUGACAUGUAUACGGAGAUGACAAAUAUAACACGUCUUAAACCGUAUCCCAAGAAAUCCCUGGGCGGUGGCUACAUUUAUUUUGAUCCAGAGCAUAAGAUUAUUCACAUUUAUGGCACUUCGAUUGGUUUUGGCCCGGCUGAUCACAACCUUACAGCGAGAAUAUUAAGAAAGGCAUAUCCUGAGCAUAUAAUAACUACCGCAACCCCGAAUGAAUGGUGGCCUGACGAUAAACACGAUGGCAAAUAUGCACCCAUACAUUACCCUUGGGAGCUCGACAAAGAGGGCCAUUUCAAAAGACGUUAUUACGGAGAAGAUUAAGACACCUAAAGCAUGUUUGGGCUAAAGAUGUUGCGUUGGAUGAAAUAAUAACUUGAGUUCACGUGGAAACCGAAAUGUUUUAACAAAAACACAUCUAUUUUAAUAGAGAAUAGAGACCAUUAAUCAUUGUCCAGAUACAUGGACAUUUAAGCAGAUGAUUGGUCGAACCGGCUAAAUUUUAUAAUGUAAAGUACCUUACAUCCCUAAACGGGAAGGUUGCCAUGGUGCCAGGCUGCCCCUGUGCCAUAUACGGUGCAAUACCGACAGUAGAAAUUGAUUGUGAUGGUACUUUCAACUACCUUAUGUUCGAUGUAUGGUGCCCGCGGCAUAGUGACGGCAGGACACGGUGUGGUAAAAUUAUAAGAGGUUCUAAACGGUUCCGCUACCAUUCAGAUGUUCUUGAAGGGGUGACAAUUGAAGUAUUACCUCUAAAGUGCGAAGCGCUCGGUGGAGGCUUCAUAGAGCAUAACCGUCCAAACAGAAGAAUUCACAUCUACGGUACCACUAUCGGCUUUAACCAAGCAAAUCAUAGGCUCACAGCUACUUUAAUCAAAGAAUCAUUCCCUCACUACAAUGUUUCUUA